GCCGGCUUCCCCUUCUACAUCAAAGCCGCCUGUCCCAACUACGAGUUGGAGAGAGUGAAGACGACGCAGCUCUGUGGGAGCGCGGGCUUCUACUGCCGUCGCGAGCUCGAAGGCGAGUUCUUUGAAGACGUCCACAGCAGUCUGAUCGGAUCUGCGCGCUUUGCCGAAUCGCGUCUGCGAGCCCAAGCCGUCGCCAUUCUGAAAUGCGCCUUUGUCUACGAGCGGCAACGCGCCGAGCACUGCCGCCUGGCCAAGCCCGGCCUCUUUCCUCCAUUUCACCUGCCACCACAUGUCGAGGCUGGCAUGGUCCCGGAGCUUCGCAAACAUGUGUUUGCAUUGGAAGCCAGGAGGCUUGAUCAUCCUUUCGAACCUGAUUAUUUCACCCUGGAUCAAGUUCAACAGCCUCCAGCAGAAACACACAACAGCCCUGAAAAAACACCCAGCACCGCCACACCGCAGGUGAACGUCAUGCCUCCCACGCCAGUCAAGCUUGCAACAAUGUCGCUCUCUACCACAUCCACGCCGAUGAUGAAAGAAGUCAUCUUUGAGGAAAUCCAGGUGGCUUCGAAGAAGCGACGUCGCCUUUCAGACAUUUCGGACGCUGCAGAUGUUCAGAGUCUUACGGCCACACCACCAUCGCCAAAGGAACCGCGGAGAAAACCAGCCCUCCCAAAGCAAACUUCAGAACUCCGGCGUAGUACGCGUGCUCGUGCCAAGGUGGUAAACUAUGCGGAGAGCGCAAGCUCAGAGGCUUCAACCGAGGACGCGUACCCAGAAAGAUCCAAGGCGGACAGCUUUUCUCCUCCCAAGUCCGACUUGACGGCGUCACCAGCGAAGAUAGACACCCCACCACGUCGCAGGAGCACUACGAGACAACGUCGAGACAAUGCACCUGCUCGGCCCAGUCUCCUCAGGAGUAGCAGUUCGCUGGGGAGGUUGAUUGAGGACUGGAAAUCGAGAACUCCCUUGGCACCUGCUACUCCGCCGCAAGGUGUCCGAUCCGGAGUCCUACAUUUUCCCAACGGCCAGACAGUGGGAAAACAUUACAGCCCGAGCUACGAAUUCAGGCCCCCGCUGAAUGGAAUCACCCCAAGUCAAACGAACGUCAACCCCUUUCGGAAGAGCGAGUCGAUGCAUAACGCUCGUGUCUCUGCAGGCUCCAGGGGCACCAGUUUGGACUCACCGUAUCACCACACGAACCCCUACGAUUUGUCUCAGUCCAACGGCUUGCAAACAUUGCCAUCGUUUUCAAGCAUUGACCCAUACGAAUCCAACCAAUCCCAACAUUCACGCGGACCCAAUCUCUACAACGCGUACGCCAGCAAAAGUAUGAGUUCCGCAUCAAGGGGAAAUUACAUACAGCAGCCCAUCAUCGCCUCGCAAAGAGACACAAAUCCAAAACAAGACUGGUUGAUCAACACUCCUGCGUUCCAAAAUACAGCGUCUCCACCGCAUCCAGCAGCACGCGAUCAUCUCCAGCGAAGCUUCGCGCCACCGAGACAUGAGCCUUUUGACAGCACCACAACAUCAUUCAGCAUGCGCCCACAAGCAAUGCAAGCAUACCAGCAACACCUCAACUACAGCCGCAUUAGACACGACUUCGACACGCCGCUAGAUCCAGACCUGACACCGCCAGAGAUCAACAGUACCUUCGAUCCCCACAAGAGACGAGCACCGGCCUCCAGCCCCUUGCCCGCUGCCAAACGUGUACGUCCCUCACUUUCCAGCGGGGAUUUCGAGGCGGCAGAUGAAGCUCGCCACGCUCGGCAGUGGGAUUCGGAUUCGGCUGUUAUCCUGCCGUCGCCGCCAAAGGUACCAAAACAGGUCGAUGUGGCUGGCUGGAGUCACGGUCAGCACUACGGCGAAGGAGAAGGGUACCAGGCAUCGCCUCCGAGAGUUCCGGCUGCGGGUUUUGCUCCUACGGCAGUCAUGGAUGCUCCCUCGCUGGGGCGGACAACGAGCUUCGAGUUCGAGUUUUGAGAGAUCUCGGGACUGUGGAGGUUGCGAUUCCGUUGUGAUCAGGAACGAAUUCAUGACACUGCAGCGACUAGUUAUGAGGUACU